AUCAUUUGCCAAGGCUAGUUUGCGAUAUGAGAGAACUAUGGCUUCCUCCUUGAUUAAGUGGUUAAGAGGAUUAUAUGUUUUUUUCUUAACAUGUCUCCUAUCCGUCUUUGCUUUUUUGAAUUUAGAAGAAUUAAAUGAAAUGAAAUAUGGGAUACAGAUUCUGCCCGAUCCAGUUAUUAUGGGACAGAUGGAAGAUGUGAUGGUGGUCUCUAACAAAUAUAAGCAGCUGUAUGAGUGUCGUUUGCCAGCUCAGGCAGUGCGUUUCCAUCAGGACCCGGUGUCAGAACCUGAAGUUCAAGGCUACAGUGGGCCGGGGGUCCCUGAUCUCCUCAAGCCCAUGCAAACUGAACCAUGCCUUGUUAAGACCAAAGACUGGUGGACUUAUGAGUUCUGCUAUGGCCAGCACAUCAGGCAAUACCACUUAGAAGAUUCUGAGAUCAAGGGAGUUGUGCUCUUUUUGGGAUAUUAUGAUUCAGAGUUUGACUGGACCAAUGAAACUGCCAAGGCAUCUAAGCAGCAUAAGCUGAAGAGAUAUCAUAGUCAGUCAUAUGUCAAUGGCUCUAAAUGUGACUUGAACGGGAAUCCCAGACAGACAGAAGUCAGAUUUGUGUGCGAAGAGGGCUCUAGUGACUAUAUCACAAGGGUAGAUGAACCUCAGUCCUGUCGCUAUGUCUUAACAGUACACACCUCUCGCACAUGCCAGCAUCCCCUCCUGCGCCCACCUUCCACUGCCAAACCACAAGGCAUUGUGUGCCAACCUGCUCUCAGUGCCCAGCAGUAUAUGGACUAUGUCAAGGCUCAAGUUUCUGACACUAAACGUAAAGUGGAGCAGAUCUCGGAGGAGCUCAAGAACCUGGAUGAAAUUCUGUCCAAGGAUGACAAGAACAAGGGAUUGCAGGACGACAAAACGGAUGAGGACCCUGCGGUCCAUUCAGAUGAUCCUCCACUUUCAGAGUCAGAAACAAAAGAGGAUGAAGUAGCUGAGGGGAACCUAGUGAAGGAAGAACCAGAGGACAAGGACUUCUGGGAGGGAGUUACCAAACCAGCAAGCACAGAGUCAAGCACGCCUGACUCCGAGAACCCUCAGGAGCCUCAGGAUAACCAAUUAGAUGAAAAUGACAUAAUUGGAGAGGAAAAUUUUAAUUUUAAAAUCAUCACAGACCCUGCAGACCUCAUGAAAUUUGUACAACAUCUCAGAGAGAGCAACCAAAAAAACAGGAAAGCUGAGCUGGAAAAAGAGCUCCAGCAGUCAUCUCAGAAGAGAGAGGAAGAGGAGCAGGAUGAAGAGAAAAGAGAGGAGAGUGCAGCAGAAAGGGAGGUAGAGGAAGGGGACGAAGAUGAAAAAUUGCUGCAGGAGUUUGAGGAUGAGAUGGCAGAUCUGUCCCUUCCCUCCUCCAAGAUAGAUGAGAUAAAAGAAGAGAUGCAGAAAGAGUUUGACAACAUCAUAGAGGAAGCUCAGCAGGAGUUAGAGAAUGAAGGUCUUAAGGGCGAGUUUGAUCGCUCUCAGGCUACGCAAACUUUAGAGAACACACUGGGCAAACUUCUGGACCGUCUUGAAGACAAGACUGGACAUGAGAGUCAACAAGAAACAGAAAAAAAUACAGAAAUGCAUAAAAGCACACACACAGAGCAUAAGGCAGAGGGAGGGCCUUCUGCUGGCAGCCCGAACCUGGUUCCCAAAACUCCAGCCCAAGCGGGCAGCAGUGGCGAUCAGGUAAAAGUCAGGGUGACUAAGUAUAAGUUGGGCGGAGGUGUGGCUGCAGGAGCUGUUACCGGGGGCAACGAUGAUGAUGGUGAUGGUGAGGGGGGUGUGAAGGUGAAGGAACUGGGCGAGGGCGACCCCCAGUGGCAGCAGAUUCAGGAAGUGGUCAAAGAGCAGCUAGAGAGAGCCGGCAUCAAGGCCGAAGGAAAGAUUGAGGUGAAGAUUUUAACCCGUAAAACAGCAGAGGAAGAAGGAGACCAGUGGCUUACUGAGGAGGAUACAAAAUCAUUUAGAGAACUCCUCAUCAACCUUCUGACGGGAGGUACAGAAGAAGUAUAUAAAGAGCAGAAGAGACAGCAAGAGUUGGAGAAUAACUACAAAUUUGUCUGGGGAGAAAAACCGGAAGAGAGCCAGUCCACAGGAAACGGUGAUUCUGAUGAAACGGACUUUUGAGCCUCUUUUCUCUUCUCUCAAGCACUGUUAACCUGAAGAAGGGCAUCCAGCGUUCUCUGAACUAUAAACUGCCUGGUCAUCACAUGCAUCAAAACCAAACUUCUCUCUUAGACCGUUUAAGUUCACAUGACUGAAUGAGCAUCUGUGAGUGGUUUAUAUUCUUGCCUGAUUUCAAUCCUGGAUGGGCUUGUGUUUUUCUUUUUUGUUGUGCUUUUUGUCUGUGUGAGACACAGACCAUUCUCCUCUCUCACCUCCAGACAAAACAUCAGUUAGUAUGCAUGUUAAAGUCUUCUUUGCAAGACAGUCUAAACCAACAUCUCAUCCUUGGACAAACAGUGAUUUUGUUUGUCUUGGUUGCUCUUGAAAGUCAGAAAAUCUGGAUUCAGUACAGUAUGGCGGUGGAGCUUGAUGCAGAUUGACUGAAUGACGAGUCACUGUAUUGCAAAUUGAAGCAGUGACCUCCCAGUGUUUUCUUCUGGCACUUAAUUCAUAUGUUUUGUUUUCAAUAAUGUUGGGCACAGGUUCACAACAUCUCCUUUCUUCAACAAAUCCUGAGCCUGGCCCUGCCCUAAGCAAAUAAUUCAGUGUAUCGCUUCAGUUUUGUCUUAAUUUAUGUUUUUCAUUCAAGGUGCAAUUUAGUUUAGAACUUGGGACAAAAACUGUUGCCAAACAUUGGGAAUCUACUGCAUUGAGCCACUGCUUCCAUGUUGCCAGCUGACAAGGGCUCAAUUAUUUGUAAGUGUUUGGAAUGAUCAUCAUACUUUUGUGGAUUGUAAAUAAUGUUGCUACUGCAUUUGAUUUGUUUGUUGAUAUUUAAGGCCUAGUUUCGGUUUAUAAUUUCUAGUGUACACUUGCCCUUUUUGAGAGGAAUAGAGUGGAUAAAGCUUAUGUAUGCAAUUAAGUAAAGAAAAAAACACCACUGAAUACGUCUUUAGGCAUCACGUUGUCUCUGUGAGAGCCCAUGUGGUUGUUUAAAAUUAAAGCAGAAGAAAAAGUCUGACUGAGUCCCACGCGUGUUAGCCAAUCAGAGAACUUGGUGGCGAAUCUCUGCCAGUUUAGUGCAGAACUACUUGUUUGUCCACAUGAUGAUACGCUGGGGUAUUGUCAAGUUUUCAUUGCCUCAGACAGAUCGCUUACAUUAGCUUUAGGUUUUUUGUUUCACCCCAGCAAACACAGAACUUUCCCUUAACAUUCGUUUUUGGUUCCCAUUUGUUUUUUUUUUGGAACCAAAUACUAACGUUCUGGGAACCAAAAAUUGUGAGCUGGGCCAUGAGAUGCACAACUGUAAAUUUUUGUACUGAUGAAGAAAAGUUUAAUCUCAGAAACCUGUUGAAAAUGCAUUGCAAGUUCUUGUGUGAAAGAUUAUUGAACAAUAAAAUGUACAAUAUGC